CCCUCCACCAGCUUCAGCUCUGCUGCUGCUUCGCCGAUAUAUCUGGACACGACCGCCUUUCCAGCGCCGACCCGCAACGAUGACGACCAACAUCGUGAUGGAGACCUCAAUGGGCUACCUCACCGUCGAGCUGUACACGCAGCACGCGCCCAAGACGUGCACCAACUUCACGACGCUCGUGCGCCGCGGCUACUACGACGGCACCGUCUUCCACCGCAUCAUCCCCAACUUCAUGGUGCAGGGCGGCGACCCGACGGGCACCGGCCGCGGCGGCACGUCCAUCUUCGGCGACAAGUUCGAGGACGAGAUCGACCCGGGCCUCAAGCACACGGGCGCCGGCAUCCUCAGCAUGGCCAACGCCGGGCCCAACACCAACGGCUCGCAGUUCUUCAUCACCCUGGCCCCGACGCCCUGGCUCGACGGGAAGCACACCAUCUUCGGCCGCGUCAAGAGCGGCAUGGGCACCGUCCGCCGCCUCGGACUCGUCAAGACCGGGCCCGAGGACCGCCCCGAGGAGGAUAUCAAGAUCGCCAAGGCUAGGAUUGUGGAGGACGACGAGCAGGUCUAGCAAGGGAUUGGCAGGAGGCGUUGUGACGACCAUCAAUCUUGGGAUUUUGACAUGGCUGGCGUUGAGGAGUUGUAUAGAGUUCUGUAAAAGGAUGAGCCAAGAAGGUAACGAGAUAUCACGCCAUUUGGCAACAGGCACAUAGUUCUUCACCAGACGAGACCAAAACACUACAAAUGGGAACUGGCACACACUCUCGGGCAAUAUAUCCAU